CCACAGUUUCUAGGGUCCCAGGGCGAAGUGCACAGCAUUGGGCAGAAAAGCUUUUACUUUCACAUUUAGACGGCUGUAAUGUGUUACUGUGUGACUAUCACUCGAGACUAAGGACCCUCAAAGUAAGCGUAUACUGUGCAAUAUUCCAGUUAACGUUAUAUAGAUAAUUUCAGGUGUGCAAAAGUUACUUCCGGGUUUGUGAUCUGUCGGUUCUUGGCUGAGAGGGGGACAAACAUGUCCUCUUCCAGUCGGUCUGUUCAUGUCCGCGGCCUGCCCGAGCUGGGCGGACUACAGGACAAAGUCACGGGAUACUUCCAGAGCGGGAGCCUAUCAGCUGGCGGGGCCGUCACGAGGGUGAAGUUACUGGGACCUGGGCAGGCUGUGGUCACCUUUGCAGACGAAACAGUGGCCCAGAAUGUGCUUGCCCAGCCACAACACAGCAUCCAGGGGACCAGGAUCAAGGUGACGGCAUGUCCUCCUCACCUGGAUACACCUGAAGAACCAGGGGGAGAUACAGAAGAGACAGAUGAAAAGGCAGCAGGUGACGAGACCAACAAGGAUGAGGAAGAGUCAGCAUUGUCAGAAGAGGAAGUGAAACUUGAAGAGGCAGGAAUAGAUGUUGUAGAACUGCAGUCACAGGGAAGUGUAAAGGAAUUGAUGAAGAGAUUUGAAUCACCUGACCCAAUGACAUUUCUGGAAAAAGACAGGAAAAAAAGAGCUGCAACUUCGCAAGAGGAUUCACCAUCAGAACUGAGCAGAACAAACCAAGCCUUAGACUGCUCAGCUGUAGAACUUCCCCCAUCUGAUGAUGAUGAAUCACCUGAAGAGUCUCCAUCUCCCAAAUGUCUGCCUGUCCAAGAUUCACAUGGGACCGGAGAUGACGGAAGCGAAGCUGUUGUAGCCGACAGGUCACUGCUGCAUCAAGUAAAUGCAGACUCAAAAUUGAGCAAAAGAAACCUAGCCUUAGACUGCUCAGCUAUAGAACUUCCCCCAUCUGAUGAUGAUGAAACACCUCAAGAGUCUCCAACACCCAAAUGUCUGCCUGUCCAAGUCUCCCAUGGGACCAGAGAUGACGAAAGUGAAGCUGUUGUAGCCGACAGGUCACUCCUGCAUCAAGUAAAUGCAGACUCAAAAUUGAGCAAAAUAAACCUAGCCUUAGACUGCUCAGCUGUAGAACUUCCCCCGUCUGAUGAUGAUGAAACACCUGAAGAGUCUCAAACACCCAGAAGUUGGCCUGCCCAAGUCUCCCAUGGGACCAGAAAUGACGAAAGCGAUGCCUUUGCAGCUCCACCAAAGAUCCCUCCCACACCACCCAAGCCAACUGUGCCACCAAAACCUCCACCCAAACCAACCACCAGAACUUCAGUACCCUUGAUGACAGCAGCAACCUCCCCUCAACAUUCAAACUUGACAAGUGCACCAAUGGGAAGUCAGGAGCAGCUGCAGCAGCCCACACCAAGCUUCCCUCAACACCCAAACAUUCCAAAUACAUCUAUCAAAGACCAACUACAACAACAGUUACAUCCAAUACCACACUGCAUAUCCUCAGUAACCAGUGAGGCAACUGUAACUUCUUCUCAACAUUCCAAUAAACCAAAUGCACCAAUGGAAGGUCUGCUAAACCAGCCUCACCCGAAACCAACCACCGGGUUUUCAGUACCCAAUGAAACUACAUCCUCUUCCCCUCAACACCCAAACCUGCCCAAUACAUCUAUGGGAGGACAACCACAACAGGCUUACUCAAUGCAGCAAUCCACCUCCAGUGAGGCAACUGUAACUUCUUCUCAACAGACAAACAUACCAAAUGCACCAAUGGAAAGCCCACACCAGCCAUACCCAACCACCGGGUUUUCAGUACCCACUGAAACUACACACCCUUCCCCUCAACACCCAACACUCAAUACAUCUAUGGGACCUGGACAACCACAACAGCCAUGGUAUCCCUAUUGGCAUCCCCAUCCACAAUGGGGAAUGAUGUAUCCUAGACAACCAAUGUACCAGCCCCAGUUUUCAGGCUCUUUUGGCUUUCGCCCUCCGUACAUGCCUUACCUGCCAUAUGGAGACACCGGACAUGGUGUUCCUGGGACCGGUAGAGGUGGCAUUCCUCCAUCUGGUGUUCCAUUUCAAGGUCAUCCUGCAUCAGGCCCCCAGUCUUCUUUUUUUCCGCAAGUGUCCCAUUCAAGACCUCCUGGGCAGCCAACAGGCAACGUUCCUCCUACUGGAGCAAGGUCAUCUCCACAGUCAGAACUUCUGCAUUCCUAUCACCAGCCAUCAUCCUCAGAAUCAGCUCGCUGGGCAUCCCCAAGAACUGGCUCACCAGUAAGCCUUCCCUUCCAGCAACAGAACAGAAGCCAUGGGUACCACUCUGACCAGGAAUCAUCUGUGCAUUCCAGACAGACCCCUACAGAACUGAGUGAUGAGGAGUCAAACUUCGAAGAUGCUUUGGAUUCUGUCAGCUGUGUUGGAUCUGUAGUCUCAGAUGGGGAGAGUUUUAUUCGUGCAUCAUCAUCACCCAACCCUGCAUCAUGGGGAAGAAAAGAGACUACAAGGCCAUUGGGUGCUGCAGCCAAAACUGACCACCAUUCUUCCAAUGAGAGAAACAGAAAGGAAGGCAAAACCACUCCUGACAUCCAUGAGACUCCUUCAACCAUCACCAUCCAAGUUUCAGGCUUUCUGUCCAGCCCAAAUGAAGAAAUGUUGAGGCUGUACUUUGAGAACAAGAAAAGGUCUGGGGGAGAAGACAUCCAGGAGUUCGAAGUCAAAGACAAUAAAGUCUUCAUUGUCUUCAAGGAUCCCACAGUUGCUAGGCAUGUUCUGAGUCGAGACCAUCGUCUUGAUGAAACCGUUCUCAAACUGAAGGAGGUCCAGCCCAGAUCACUGGACAACACCCGUCUUCUGGUCAAGGGAUUCAAGGAAAGCACAACCAAAGAGACGCUUAGCCUCUACCUAGAAAACAUCAGUGAUGAUGAUGUGAUCACAGUAGACUACAGCACACAGCCUGGAGUUGCCCUGGUCACAUUCAACAAGAUUUCCAACUUUGACAGGAUGGUAGCCAAGGCACAGUCCAGGCCCCUGGAGGGACAGCGUCUUACAUUAGAAAGAGUCCCCAUCACAGAUGCCAUCAUCGUAACAGACCUACCAGACACUGUGUCCAGAGACCUGCUGGAGUUGUACUUUGAAAGUGAAACAAAGAGCGGUGGAGGGCCUAUCUCAGAUAUCAAGAUGGACUCCUCCACUGGAACUGCUGUUGUCCAGUUUGAUGAUAUAAAAACUGUAAACAGGGUUCAUCAGAAGUCCCCACACUUUCUAAACAACAAACCAGUAAGUGUCAAACCUUACUAUGAAUGCCUUGCUGAAGUGGUGGAUGACGAUGCCCCAGGAGCAUUCAAAAUGCCUCAACCCAUCAACAUAAAGAUCAAGCCUGAGUUGAUUCUGUUUGCCUUUGCCAUGCCAAAGUUUGUCGAGCAGCUUGAAAGCAAGUUAAAAGAAGUCCAUGCAGAAGUGGAUAAGACAGUAACAGAGGAAGUAAAAAUCUCACCAACAUUGAAGCCCAAGAUGAAAGAUGUUAGGAAGCUAACAAGGCACUGGGAAGACAAGAGUCGCAGUUCUGUGGAAGAAUUUUUCACACAGUUUCAGGCAAUGGAGAUCCAUGUGGCAUCUAACAUUUGGCAACGUACCAAGGAUAGAUUUGAAAAAGUGUCUGAAAAGGUGAGUAAUGUUGCAUCAAAGGGGGAUGAUCUUUGGGUCCAGUGUUCUGAUGAAGAAGAUGGAGGAGGAGUGGUUACUCUGAUUGGAACAUCAGAAGCUGUCACAGAGGCAGAGCUUGUCUGCAAGACCUUCAUCGAAGAGACAGAGAAGCAACUGAAGUUAGAAGCCACCAUUGUUACCGAUAACAUCACCAACAUGAAAGCAGCCAAGCUAAAGAUUCUCAAACUCAACAACCUUCAAGAAAAGCAUCCAGAUGUGGAGAUCAAGUUUGACAUAGACAAGCGGAGUGUAGGCUUCAAGGGUCAGCAAGCUUUGGUACAAAAUGCCAAGAUUGACUUGCUUGAAACAGCCAACAACUUAGCUGAAGAAAGGGUCUCUCUGCCACGUGGAAAACUGUCCUACUUGAAGUCAGACAGGGGAAGGAAGCACCUAGAAGACAGUUUGAAGAAGAAUGACAUAAAGGCAGCCUUUGCUACAAAGGAUGAAGAAAUGACUAUUUUAGCUCUGCAGGAUUCAGAAGUAAAAGCAGCAAAGGACUUGCUGCAGCAAGUUGUUUCAGAAUCUCCUGUGGCUGUUGCAGAGGAAAGUCGUGAUUUGCUGAGUAAGCAAGGUUUUGCAUCACUCUCAGCAGAUCUGCGACAAAGGCUGUCAGUUGACAUCCAUGUUGCAAAGGACAAAGUGUGGGUGGUUGGACCUGCAGAGAAGGUUGCCACUGCAUCUAAGGAGAUCAAGAGUUACAUUGCCAAAAACACUAUUGUUACAAUCAAUAUGGAUGUUGCAGAGGGAACGUCAAAGUUCCUGAACUGUUACCGCAAUGCGGAUGUCAAAGACGUUGAGAAAAAGCAUGCAGAACAACUGGUACAGAUCACGAUAAACCGGGGCAAACUUACUGUGAGGGGAACUAAGGAUGGAACACAGAGUGCUAGGAAGGAACUGCAGGCUCUCAUAGAUGAUGUUACAACAGACACCAUGAACAUCACAAAGCCAGGAAUGCACAAGUUCUUCACGGAGGGAACAGGGAACACCCUGCUGAAGGGGAUAGAGAAGCAGGUGAAAUGUGUGAUCACAGUGGGGGGGAAACCAGGCGCACCUGCCCGAGCUACAGGACGGACCAGAGCAGCUGCAGCACCUGGGCCACCUGGGGAUCCAAAUCAGGUCUGCAGCCACACGAUGAGAGGAGGACAGAAGUUGGUGGUGGUACAGGGGGACCUGACCAGUCGCAGGGUAGAUGUGAUGGUCAACACUGCUAACGGUGCCAUGGUGCAUGGGGGAGGGCUGGCAGCUGCGAUUGUUAAGGAGCAGGGUUGUUGGCUCUGA